UGGCGCGCGCGCCCGAAGUGGCGCCUGCUAGUUAAGCUCUUGGCUCUUUUCGCAUCUCGUUUCUCCGCGGAUCCUGAGUUGGGCCGGCCGCUCUGGUGUCUCCAGUUUUACAGAUGCCUUCAGCUUUACUGAGCUCGGCGAUGCCGACUUCCACAGCGACCGCAGCGCUGCAGGAAUCGCUGGAAAAUGCCGGGCGGCUCAUCGACCGCCUUUUGCACGAAGACCGCAUGUACCCGGACCUUUCCGACCUGCUCAUGGUGUCGGCCCCAAAUAAUCCCACUGUAUCUGGCAUGUCAGAUAUGGAUUAUCCUCUCCAAGGACCCGGUUUGCUGUCAGUGCCGAACCUUCCAGAAAUCAGCUCCAUUCGAAGAGUUCCUCUGCCACCUGAGCUUGUGGAGCAGUUUGGACAUAUGCAGUGCAACUGCAUGAUGGGUGUGUUUCCUCCUAUCAGCAGAGCUUGGCUCACUAUCGACAGUGACAUAUUCAUGUGGAACUAUGAAGAUGGAGGAGACCUUGCCUACUUCGAUGGACUUAGUGAGACCAUUCUUGCUGUGGGGCUUGUGAAACCAAAAGUUGGCAUCUUUCAACCACAUGUACGACACCUUCUGGUUUUAGCAACUCCAGUGGAUAUAGUGAUUCUUGGACUCAGUUAUUCAAAUUUGCAAACAGGGUCUGGAGUUCUCAAUGACAGUAUGAGUGGUGGAAUGCAGUUGCUUCCAGAUCCUUUAUAUUCUCUUCCCACUGACAAUACUUACCUUUUAACAAUAACUUCUACUGACAAUGGCAGGAUUUUCUUGGCUGGAAAGGAUGGAUGUUUAUAUGAAGUAGCAUACCAAGCAGAAGCAGGUUGGUUUAGCCAAAGAUGUCGGAAAAUAAACCAUUCAAAGAGUGCCCUUUCUUUCCUUGUUCCUUCAUUGCUACAAUUCACAUUCUCAGAAGAUGAUCCUAUUGUUCAAAUUGCAAUAGAUAAUUCUAGGAAUAUUUUAUAUACAAGAUCUGAGAGAGGUGUGAUUCAAGUUUAUGACUUGGGGCACGAUGGACAAGGAAUGAGCAGAGUUACAUCAGUGUCACAGAAUUCUAUUGUCUCUGCUGCUGGGAACAUUGCGAGAACUAUAGAUCGUUCUGCUUUUAAACCAAUUGUUCAUAUAGCUGUGAUUGAAAAUUCUGAAUCACUGGACUGUCAGUUAUUGGCUGUAACACAUGCAGGUGUAAGGUUAUAUUUCAGCACUUGUCCAUUCAGACAGCCGUUAGCACGACCUAAUACAUUGACGCUGGUUCAUGUCCGCCUACCUCCUGGAUUCUCAGCAUCAUCAACUGUGGAAAAGCCAUCAAAAGUGCACAAAGCUCUUUAUAGUAAAGGUAUCCUAUUGAUGGCAGCCUCGGAAAAUGAAGAUAAUGAUAUAUUGUGGUGUAUCAAUCAUGAUACAUUUUCUUUUCAAAAACCAAUGAUGGAAACCCAGAUGACAACCAGAGUUGAUGGUCAUUCCUGGGCUCUUUCUGCAAUAGACGACUUAAAGGUAGAUAAGAUAAUCACACCCUUAAACAAGGACCAUAUUCCAAUAACUGACUCACCAGUUGUUGUACAGCAGCACAUGUUACCUCCCAAGAAAUUUGUUCUUCUCUCAGCACAGGGAAGUCUUAUGUUUCAUAAGCUUAGACCUGUAGAUCAACUGAGACAUCUGCUUGUGAGUAAUGUGGGAGGAGAUGGAGAAGAGAUCGAAAGAUUCUUUAAAUUACAUCAGGGAAGAUACUCCUCUUUUGCUGGAAGACCAGAGCAUGUGCCACUUGCCAUUAUCCUUGCUUGCUCCACUGCUGCCUGGUGACAGAGAAGUAUCCUGCUUGGGUCUGCUCGGGCUUUCUUCAGGUAUGGUGGUGAAGCACAAAUGAAGUUCCCAUCCACUCACCCUGCUCCAAGUAAUGUUGGUCCCGUUCUGGGGUCUCCUGUCUACUCUAGUUCUCCUCUCCCUAGUGGUAGUCCAUAUUCAAAUCCACUUCUUUUUGGGACACCAGCUCAAGGUACACAUUUUCCUGCCAUGUCAACUCCAGUUGGUGCUUCUGGAAACCCAGCAGCUCAGGCCUCCAGUAUGAGUUGUAUGGGAGGAGCAGAGAUGGUAUACUCUGGAAAACACAAUGGUAUCUGCAUUUACUUUUCUCGAAUCAUGGGAAAUAUCUGGGAUGCCAGUUUAGUAGUGGAGAGAAUAUUCAAGAGUGGCAACAGAGAGAUUACUGCAAUUGAAAGUAGUGUUUCUUGCCAGCUGCUUGAGUCAGUGCUACAGGAACUAAAAGGUUUGCAGGAAUUUCUAGACAGAAACUCCCACUUUUCUGGAGGAUCAUUAGGAAAUCCAAAUACUACUGCCAAAGUGCCACAGAGACUGAUAGGAUUCAUGCGUCCUGAAAAUGGAAAUACCCAGCAAAUGCAACAGGAACUGCAGAGGAAGUUACAUGAGGCUCAAGUGAAUGAAAAAAUUUCACUUCAGGCAAUCCAGCAGUUGGUUCGAAAGUCAUACCAGGCUCUGGCUUUAUGGAAACUUCUUUGUGAACAUCAAGUCACUGUCAUUGUGGGUGAACUUCAGAAGGAAUUUCAAGAACAGUUGAAAAUUACCACUUUUAAAGAUCUGGUCAUCAGGGACAAAGAACUGACUGGGGCCUUAAUUGCUUCUCUUAUCAACUGCUAUAUCCGAGAUAAUGCUGCUGUUGAUGGCAUUAGUUCACACUUACAAGAUAUCUGCCCACUUCUGUAUAGCACUGAUGAUGCCAUAUGUUCUAAGGCAAAUGAGCUUCUCCAACGUUCCCGACAAAUUCAAAAUAAAAUUGAAAAGGAAAAAAUGUUAAGGGAAUCAUUAAAGGAAUAUCAAAAAAUUAGCAAUCAAGUGGACCUUUCCAACGUUUGUGUCCAGUAUAGACAAGUGCGUUUCUAUGAGGGUGUAGUCGAGCUCUCUCUCACUGCUGCAGAGAAGAAGGAUCCUCAGGGACUUGGACUUCAUUUCUAUAAACAUGGAGAACCAGAAGAAGACGUCGUGGGCCUUCAGGCUUUCCAAGAAAGAUUGAAUAGUUAUAAGUGUAUUACAGAUACGCUUCAAGAAUUGGUGAAUCAAAGUAAGGCUGCACCUCAGUCUCCUAGUGUACCCAAAAAACCUGGGCCUCCUGUGUUGUCCUCUGAUCCCAAUAUGCUGAGUAAUGAAGAAGCUGGACAUCACUUUGAACAAAUGCUUAAGUUGUCUCAGCGAUCCAAAGAUGAACUUUUCAGCAUUGCCCUUUAUAACUGGCUAAUCCAAGCUGAUCUUGCAGAUAAAUUGCUGCUGAUUGCUUCUCCAUUUCUGGAGCCAUAUCUAGUCCGAAUGGCUAAAGUUGACCAAAACAAAGUUCGUUACAUGGAUCUGCUCUGGAGGUACUAUGAGAAGAACAGAAGUUUUAGUAAUGCUGCUCGUGUCCUGUCCAAACUGGCCGACAUGCAUAGCACAGAAAUUUCACUUCAGCAACGACUAGAGUACAUUGCUCGAGCCAUUCUUAGUGCCAAAAGCUCCACUGCCAUUUCAUCGAUAGCUGCAGAUGGUGAAUUCCUUCAUGAGUUAGAAGAAAAAAUGGAAGUUUCUAGGAUUCAGCUUCAAAUCCAAGAUACACUACAGCGGCUGUAUUCCCAUCAUUCUUCUGUGCAGGAUGCAAUUUCUCAGCUAGAUUCUGAGCUAAUGGACAUCACGAAGCUUUAUGGGGAAUUUGCUGACCCAUUUAAACUUGCAGAGUGUAAGCUUGCGAUAAUUCAUUGUGCCGGUUAUUCAGACCCUAUAUUGGUACAGACACUCUGGCAAGAUAUCAUAGAAAAAGAAUUGAAUGAAAGUGUGACAUUGAGCUCUCCAGAUCGGAUGCAUGCCCUUAGUCUCAAGAUCGUACUCCUUGGCAAAAUUUAUGCUGGCACUCCUCGUUUCUUUCCUUUAGAUUUUAUUGUGCAGUUUCUGGAACAGCAAGUUUGCACUUUGAACUGGGAUGUGGGUUGUAUACAGACAAUGAGUGAAAUUGGAGUGUCAUUGACUAGACUACUGGAAGUAUAUGAUCACUUGUUCAAGUCACGAGUUCAUGAUGCCUUUUCUUUAUAGGACCCAUUCUGGAGCAGGAUCAAGAAGCCACUGCAUCUUUUGGAGUGUAUACAUGUACUAUUGGGAAGAUAUGUUGAGAAUCCUAGCCAAGUUUCAAGUUGUGAGAGGAGAAGAUUUACAAAUCUCUGCCUGGAUGCUGUUUGUGGUUAUCUGGUUGAACUUCAGUCUAUGAGCUCUACAGUAAUAGUACAAGCCAUCACUGGGAAUUUUAAAUCUCUCCAGGCUAAAUUAGAACGUCUUCAUUAAUUUUUGUGAUUCAUUUUCAUUCAUACAAUUUGAUCUGUAAAAUAAACAUUCAGCUAAGUCCAA